ACAAUUGUAGUCGAGGUCUGUUGGGAUGUUGGCUGGAAGCAGCAGCCGGGGGGGAAGAGAGUGUGGGGGAACGAGGUUUCUACCAGUGAGCGAGGAGACUGCCGUAGGAACCCCGGUGGGAGCCAUCAUGGCCGCUGCUGUCAAUCAAACUAUCGUCUACUCCAUCACCGACGGCAACCAGGGAGGUAUGUUCGCAUUAAAUGAAACAACAGGAAUGAUUUCAACAGCCAAGCACCUGGACUACGAGGCCAACUCCAGCUACAUCCUGAAGGUGGAAGCAGACUCAAUGAGAGUGGUGUCCUCCAACCUCAGGGUCCCCUCUAAGACCAACACAGCUAGAGUGGUAAUCGACAUCCAGGAUGAGAACGACCACCCGCCGUUUUUCUCCAGACCUCUUUACAUCGGAGGGGUCGCUGAAGAUGCAAAAACGUUCACCUCCGUGUUGAAAGUACAGGCCCUGGACAAAGACACCGGGAACUACAGCGCGAUGAUGUACCGGCUCAUCAUUCCCCCUCCCGCCGGUAAAAACACUAAAGACAGCAAAGGUGGCUUCAUCAUCGAACCUUUCAGCGGCGUGGUGAAGACGGCAAUCAUGUACCGCAACAUGAGGCGGUCAUAUUUUAAAUUUGAGGUGGUUGCUACAGACAACUAUGGCCAAGGACACAGCAGCAAGGCGGAGAUAGUGGUGUCAGUCGUUAACCAGCUGGACAUGCAGGUGGUCGUAUCAAAUGUCCCUCCCACCUAUGUGGAGAAAAACAAAGACAAGCUGCUCAGCAUUUUGGAACGAUACGUCCAGGAACAGAUACCGGGAGCAAAGGUAGUCGUGGAAACCAUUGGGCCCCAUCGCCAUGGUGAAGGAAUGCAGCAGGAAGACUACACCAAGUCUGACCUCAUGAUUUACGCCAUCGACCCGCUGACAAACAGAGCCGUGUCUAGACAGGAGCUCUACAAGUUUCUGGAUGGUAAACUUUUGGACAUCAAUAAAGAGUUCCAGCCCUUCCUCCCUCCCGGCGGGCGGAUUCUGGAGAUCCGAACCCCUGAACUGGUGACCAGCGUGAAGAAAGCUGUGCAGACGGUCGGCUACACAGAGGGGGCGCUGCUGGCUCUGGCCGUUAUCAUCAUCGUCUGCUGCGUCCCCGCCAUAUUUGUAGUCAUCUUCACUUACAGACAAUUCAAGGAACGCCAGGCAGAGUGUGCCAAAACAGCCCGAAUCCAGAUGGCCCUGCCAACAGGCAAACCUGGCGGAGGCACUGCCAACAACCUGUACGAGGAGCUUGGUGACAACGCCAUGCGGGGAUAUGGACAACAUGAGACUCAGCAACUUCUCCGACCCUCUCUGCUCCGACCAGAGGAGUUAUCGAUGGAGUCUGGCAUCGACCCCGGACAGGAAUACUACGCACAAGAUUAUUACAACUAUGAUCACGGGUAUGAGCUUCCUCAGUACGGCAGUCGCAGGAAACUGAUUCCACCCUCCGGACUAUAUGAUGAAUACGGAGAAGUGGUAGUUGAUGACGACGGCAGCUACUACUACAGCCCACAGGAGUCUGAAGGAGAGCCGGGCAACAGAAAGCGUCGGAUCAAGUUGGUGGUGGACCGGGAAUAUGAGACCAGCUCCACCGGAGAGGAAAGCCUGCCGGAGACGCAGCGCAGCCGCCUCCCCCCCACCCUCAACAGCCACAGCAACGUGAACGGCAGCAUCUACUUGGCCCAGAACGGCUCCAUCAUCCGCACCCGACGCACAGUCAACGCCACAUGUACCACACACACGCACAGCACCACCAUGAACAACAACCUCAAAAUCCCCUCGCCCGUCUUCAGCUCACGGCUGGCCAAGCACUUUAAAAAAUUGGACAAAAUGGCCGCCACACUGGAGGAGAGAGUUCCCCUGAACAACCCCCCAUCACCAGCGGACAGCGGGGGCAACACGCUGCGCACUUUCCAAAGCUCGGGGAUGGUCGCCUCGGCAACGGCCACUUCCUCUUUCUCUAACAAUGACAACACUAAGACGCUGAGUACGUUUAACACCCGGCAAUCCAGCGCUUCGUUAGGAUCCAGCACAAGCAACACGGGCCCCGACAGCGUGGAGUCUAAGUCAAACCUGCUCAGAGAGGCUCAGAGCGGCAGGGAGACGCCUCAGGGCCCGGGGGGGAGAGAGGAGCUGGGAGAAGGGGAGAGAGAGACGCAGGUGGACGUCUGUAGUGACGGCGUUGGGCUGGUUGUGGGGGAGCCGCUGGAGUGUCCGAGUGACAGAACGCUGUCCGACGAGGAGGAGUUGUGGAUGGGCCCGUGGAACAGCCUUCACAUACCCAUGACUAAACUCUGAUUGAAACACUGUGCUCGCUCCUUAUUGCCAAGAUCAUUAAAGACAUUGUUUCUGUCCAUUAGUCGUGGAACUAAUGGGGAUGCUCCAAUCCAAUUUAAUCUAAUUAUCAGAUCAGCUAAAAAGGUGAAUUAGCAUAUCCUGGGGUUUAAAGUGAAUUGUACUAAGAAGUAAGAUUCAUAACAUAUCAACCUAAAGUUUUCAUUUUUUUUUUUUUUAAGGGAGAGUGAGUAGGAUUUAGUGGCAUCUAGUGGUGAGGCUGUUUACCCCUCUCUUUGCAAGCAUGUCGGAGAACUACGGUGGCCUUCAGGUACAAAUGUGAAAUGACUUCUCAGGUGCCAGAAAUGGUCCGUUCUGGACUUCUGUAGAAAACAUGGCGGUGCAACGUGGCAGACCUGCUCCCUGUGUAGAUAUGAAGGGCUCAUUCUAAGAUGACAGGAAAAAAACAAUGAUUCUUUUUUUCAGGUGAUAUUUACUUAUAAUGAAUAUGAUUUUACAUUCCUACCAACACAUCACGUAAACCUACAAACUCGACCUCAGACAAUUGAUCAAAAUAAAUCUAAAUGACCAAUUAGUCAGCAUCUGAUUUACUUUUUGCCAGGUAACUAAUUAAAACAUCUUGUUUCUUUACUCAAAUUCCCAAUCAGAGCAUCCCUUAAAGACAUAUGCCACACCUUUGGACAACUGGACCUAGAUUGAAAGGACUUGUUAUAUUUCUACUUUUUAAGAGAUAAUGAAAGAAACUUGAGGAAGAGAUCUAUGAACUUUUUAUGGCCCUUUAACCGACUGGUGUCUGUAUAGAAGCGCACUUGUUUCAUUCAGGAUUACAGCGACUCAUCUUGAAUAUGUCUGACACUUUGCAUUGACACGUGAAGUCUUGUAUCGUUCAGAAUUGCCUUUUUAUCCUUGUCAAGUUGCUUGGCAAACUAUCCAAAUAAAAGACUAUUUCAUCCAUUGAAA